AUGAACUCUCUAGGCAAGCUCAACGUGUCCCGGGUCGCCGUCCAAAUCGAAAACACUCUUGCUUUGGUCAAUAUUAACCUGGACUUUUCGCUGUGGCGUUGCGCACCUUCGCCUGAGUACCAUCCUGUCGGCUUGGCAUUGACACUCAAAAGAAAACACGAAGCAGAGAAAGGCGAAAUCCAUCGAACGGCUUGUAAGCUCGGCUUUCUUUUCCAUGAGCUCGUUCCCGAAACACCAAGAUUAUUCAAGACUUUUGAUGGCCCUUUUCAACCUUUCAUUGGAGCGGACUGUACCUCUAUAUGGGCUGCUGCGACAUCUGGGCCUUCCUUAAUUGGUGUCUUUCUACUGGACUGCAUGCUCGCAGAUGCUUGGGAGGCCAAGGCAGCCACGUCGAUACGGGUUGAGCUGGUCGAGAAGAGAAUACGGACUGUCAAAGCCGACCUUGAGACAUCUUGGGAUGCGAGCGCACGGUCUUGGCUGAGGAGGGCAGAAGCCUCGAUGAAGUUCCAACAUUCCCAAUUCGAUUUGAUCGCCCAGAACCUCAACAUUCCUUACCCUAAAGGUAAAUCCACGUACGAAACUGCCGUCAUUACCUGGACUCUGGCGAUGGAGGUGUUUGAGAAACUCCUCCAUAACACUCCUCAGCAGGCCUGCGAUCGAUCGGUAUUGAGGGGCAUAUCGGCUUGGAACUUUGUUCCCCAAUCUUCUUGUCUUUCAGGCUGA